AUGACUGAGGCGGAUCAAGCUGGGUCUACUCUUUCACAGAAGUCGUCUCUCUCCAUGCUUACUGCUAUCAGGGAUGAUGCUCUACCUAAAGUCACUCGCUCAGCCCUCCCAUCGCGUCCGUACGACAGUAGCAGUAUCCCAAGCCUUACAAGUUUCUUGAGUGUUGAUUCCGAUCGGACAACUGGAACUUUUGGUUUGUCAGUUUGUCAUUCAUCGCCCAUCCUUGUUUCUCCGCUUCGCGGUUCCCUAAGUGACACGGAUCAAAGUGCCACAACGGGUGACACAGAUUCGCAUUGGACGAAUUUUGAUGCCGAUGAUGCCGAGCUAAAUGAAGGUGAUGAUGAUAAUGGGUUGUGCUCUGACUCUUCUGGUGUCUUGUCCUCUCUUAACGUACUGCCGCAUAUUUCGUCUAAUGAUGAAGAAAGUGCCGAGUCGGUCGGCGAGUUCCUUUCCACUGGUGAUAUUAUGUCAGCAACUGCUUCAGCUGAUGUUACUACUGAUGUCUCCAUCGCAAACGAAAGGGAAAGCGUUUACUCGUUGACGCAGUCUAGAAAUCGCCAUAAACGAAGAAUUUCGAAUUGGUAUCAAGAAUCUCUUGUGAAGUCGUAUAGGGCAAAGGUCAACCACUUUAAGAAAAUAUUCAGUUCUACACCAGUAGAUACGGAUCGCCUUCUUGUCGAUUACUCCUGCGCUCUCGCCAAGAAUAAGAAUGGUCUCCUUCUCCUCGGACGAAUGUACAUCACCGAAAAGUGGAUCUGCUUCUAUUCAAAGAUUAUCUACGAAUUGAAGUUGUUCCUGGCGGUCGAAGAUAUCCAGUCGGUUUCAAAGGCGAAGACCGUUCGUCUUAUCCCCAAUGCCAUCCAGUUGACACUCAAAUCAAAUGACGAGCGCUACUUCUUCACGUCGUUUGCCUCCCGCGAACGAACCUUCGCAAUCCUCAAAAGAGUGUGUGAAAAUAGCAAGGCUGGGGGCCGUAAUCAACGACGACUGCUUACUACUGGACUGCCUAUGCAAUCGUGUGCUUUUUAUCUGGGGCUAAGCGAGACCCGCUUCCACUCAACUGGCCUCAUUCUCAAAGACGAGACCGUAAACCCUCUCAUUAACAUCGCACAACGGCCUGUACCUGAAGUGACGAAUAUGGAAGAGUUGCUGUGUCAGGUGCAAGACGUAUACGGCGACGAAAGUAUUGCUAUUUUGGACUUUGAAGAGGGCGACGAACUCGAGGAGGGUGCUUAUCCGUCGCUUCCGGUUAAUCGCUCGGUCUCCUCAUCGGAGUUGAACGAUUCCCCUGUUACCCACCCGAACUGCCAGAGGAUGGCUAGUUCUACAGCGGCCUCUCCGCCUUUGGAUCGUCUGAAUGAGCAUCCCCUAGGACGACGACGACGACGACCGGACACUGAUGAAAUUAUUCACCGAAAACCCUGUUCUCAACUUCGGUUGAAUCGUCAGAGACGAACUAACGAAACCUCUGCCUCUCAGAGCUACUCAUUUCACGAAAUGAGUGAAAGUGAAGCAACGGCAAAUAGUGGCACCAGCGAAGAUGACGUCGAUAAAAGUCAGGAAGGCCUCACGGAAGGGAAGCACGAGCAGACUCAGGCACGUCGUCCGUCCCACAAAGUUCGUCGGGCACCCCUGCCUCCCCCGAGAGCGUCCACGAUGCCCACCUUCAACACCGAAAGUGAUGCACCACCGGUGACAUGCGGCACAGGGCACAAUCAUCCCGGACGCAAGUACGCGGACGCAGACAUCAAUUUGUCCGUGGACGCUCUCUUUGCGUGCCUCUUCACAGAUUCCCAGUUUUUCGCGGAUUUCUGUGCGCAUCGGGGCACCUUCGAUGUGGAACAGAGUCGCUGGCCGUCCAGACCCUGGCCUACGCCUGAACAUGGUGAUGCUACCCUCCACCGGAAAAUAAGCUAUGUGUUGACGCUGAAACAACGCACCAUCAUUUUGAGGGAGACACGCCCCGGCAAGCGCUACGUCAUCGACGCCAAAGUGACAAACGAGGCAGUUCCCCUGUGUAACUCCUUCCAUGUAACCAGUCGGUACUGUUUAUUGCGACGGAGUGACACGGUGUCCCAUCUCAUAAUCACGUCUGAAGUGGUCUACGAUCGGCCAGUCUUCUUUGGGGCAAAGUCGAUAAUCGAGAGCACCUGCAAGUCGAGUUUGACAGACAAUUUCACCGACCUCGUCGGUCAGUUGUCCGCGGCUGCCGCACUCUUGUCUGACAACGAGCGCAUCAGCGGCGGCACACUAGCCAAGCCCCACCGGCGCAGACUGACACGACCUCAAAAAGUUGGUUUUUGCUCCAAGUCCUCUGGAGAUAAAGACACAGCAGUUGGCGGCAAGUUGGGAGCAACUGAGGCAGAUAAGAAUCAGCUCCCGUCGUCGUCAUCCAUGCCAUCGACUCAGUGUGGUUUGACCAUUUCCCAGGCGCUUUUCUGUCCAAACCAGCAGUCUGACAGGAAAUGGCCUUUUAUUAUUGCCGUGAGCCUCGGACUGUGCGUCUUCCUCUCCAUGAUUUACAACCGUUAUCAAAGGCUAGAGAAGGUGGUCUCACGCCAAUUUGAUUUCUCCGGUCGCACAUUUGACCCCGCUUCCCCUUGUUGCGAUGAGCUAACAUCGGUUCGGUUGCUUGUUGACUCUGUUUCAGACGUUCUUGCUCAGAUGCGAACGACUUUGGAGUUGCUGGAGCGGCGGAUCGACCAGAUGGGCUCUAAACCGUGUAAGGUAUCUGUUGAGGAUGCUUUCCUGGGAAACUAG